UUGGCUAUCACCAAUCCCCUGGUACUCUACCAAAGUCUGGUUGCCACCAAAAGGAUCUUGCCUGAUCCGGCCCAAUAUAGAUUAGCGAUCCAUUUGCAAAAGCUCUAUGACCGUUUAAUAAAUUAUGAGCCGACGGCUUCGUAUAGUGCUCGACUCAGUCAAUUAAGCCGAGUAAUUGAGAAUGAAAAUGGCAACGGGACGCCUCGACGAGCCCGAUCGGUGGGAGCUCAGGGAGUUUGGCAAUCACUUAUCGCCCAGAAAGAGCAAAGGGAUACGAUGGCCCUAACCCGAGUGCUUACUGACCAUGAAUCGGCGAUGCACAUCGAUUCCCCGAAAGGCCUGCUGCUUCAUGGCGAAGUGGGCACCGGGAAGAGUAUGCUUAUCGACCUGUUUGCCGACUGCCUCCCGAGCAAUAAGAAGAGAAGGUGGCAUUUUAGCACGUUUAUGUUGGAGACCGUGUCAAAGCUGGAGAGGAUCCGUCAUGAGCGUGUAGGCACAAGCAUGGUGGCAGGGCGCAGUCUUCUUCAGGACGAACAUUCGUUGCUUCGCGUCGCCAAGGACCUCAUCUCCACCUCUCCGAUUCUCUUCCUCGACGAGUUUCAGCUGCCCGAUCGGGCUUCGUCGAAGAUUAUGGCGAACCUUAUGACGAGCUUCUUCCAGCUAGGUGGCGUGUUGAUUGCAACCAGCAAUCGCAUGCCGGAAGAACUGGCAAAGGCGGCGGGCAUCCAGUUCGGUCUCCCCCCUAGCCGGUUAGACUCCAUCAAAUGGCGUUUCGGGUUACGUGCAAGACCUAGGCAUACAGCCGUUCGAGAUGGUGGGCGGGGCGAGUUCGCUAACUUCCUGGAACUCCUGAAUGCAAGAUGCGAUGACUGGCAGGUGGAUAGUAAAAAGGACUACAGACGAAGAGAUAGUGUACAGCUGGCGUCCACUGCUGUUGCCGAUUCCGAUUCGGGGUUAAAGAAGCCUCACGAACCAAUGGGUGGCUCAGGAAAUGCUAACGUUCAACUACCAGAGUUCUACUUGAUUGGGGUCGGUUCGUACGACGAUGUCAUGGUACGAAGCAAACUACAGAAGUGGAUCGGGAAAUCAAUCUCGGACGACUCCAACCUAAAGCCAAAGUCUCUUUCAGUGUUUGGACGCACUCUGAUGUUCCCAAAGACCCACGAGCCUUCCUCCACCCUCUUCGCAACGUUCGAAGAGCUUUGUGAGGCGAGCUUGGGACCGGCGGACUACAUCAGCAUCGCAUCGGCCUUUAAAACGGUGGUGCUGAUGGAUGCUCCUGUGCUGACGAAUCGACGGCGGAACGAAGCUCGACGAUUCAUCACCCUGAUCGACGCUAUGUAUGAAUGCCGAUGCCGCCUCAUGAUGACGGCGGAGGCUGCGGUCGACGACUUGUUUUUCCCGACCGAGCGCGCCAGUCAAGAUGCUGGAGAUAGCAUGGACGAACCCGAAGCCGACGCAAUCCAUGCAGAAUCCUUUUCGGAUGCCUAUCAGGACGCCACCGCGCCAUUCCGGCCGAAUGUCGCAUCAUACGAUUCUUCCUCCCUGCCUGCGGAUGCGCUGGAGGAUGAUCCGCCCAAUCGACUGCUACGUCAAGCACUAGGAAGGAAGUUUAAAGAAGGGGACCUGGAAUCUAGCACGCAGCGUCCGGCCCCGGACUUCGCUCGCAUAGGACAAUUCACGGGGGAAGACGAGAAGUUUGCCUUCCGACGAGCGGAAAGCAGGUUAUGGGAAAUGUGUGGCGCGCGAUGGUGGGCUCAGGCGGAACAAGUAGGCCGGUGGAAGCCGAUCGCGGCGGAUGUGAGGACCUGGGAACUUAAACGAGACGAACUGCAUAACAAAGAACUUUAUCAACACACAUCGAUUCGACCUGGAGAGGGAGAUGACGCGGUAUUUAGGAACGGCGGAAACUCUUUUCGCACGAUGGUUGAGCCACCACCCAAGAUUGGUGUCGAACAUGCAUGGGGUGUUGUACGGUGGGGGAAGAAAGCUGGUGCAUGGGGCAAGGGAGUAGAGGGCUUGAACGAGCGC